UUUGAUUUUCAAAAACUCGCGGAAAAUCAAUUUGGGCAGCUGAAAUUUUUGUUGGAGGUUUCAGACCAUGCUGUUUUCAAAAAUCGUGUUCUCGUUCGAAUCAGAAAGCACUUCGAGAAGUUCGCCUGCCGGAUAAAUGAAGAAGAAAUGGGUUUCACGUAUCACUAUCGAUCCUACAGAAUUUCUGAUGGGAAAAAUUUCAUUUUGCAUUUGUGAAUAAUAUAUUUGAAUUUUCUAACAGCUGAAUUUACUUAGUUGGUUCUUUCAUUGUUUCGUUUACGUAGCAAGAGCACUUCUGCUGACGCAUUCUUGAGUCAGUGAAAAUUCUUUUAUUUGUUUUAAAAUGUUUACUCAAUUUUUUUCGCGAUUCUACGUACUGCUUCUUGAUGGUAGGAUUUGAAAGUCUUCGCCGUGUUGUUGUUUAUUGUUCGUAUGUCUGUGUACUACAUAUGUAUGUACUUACCUACCAUAUUCGUUUGCUUUUCGAUUUGACUCAUCAUUUUUUAUUGCGUUGAAGUUUUCUAUCGAAUUGAAAUAUUAUAAAUGCUAGAUUCCUAUUGUUUCUUGUCGUUUGUACUCGUAGUGUGUUGGUCGUAGCAGGGUGAUUUUUCUGCUGUUUUAUUCAUUUCUCGAAAAAAAAUUCUAGACAGUUGAAUUUUUCACUUUUUUCUGCGGAUUUAUUUACAUCUAACAUUGGUUCAAUCUUGAAAAUAGGCUACAAAAAUGCUAGAUGAUUGUCGAUCAGAACCAAAGUGUGGUCGGGAGUGACGAAACAGAAAACGCUGACACGCCUGCCAUACAUAGAAUACAUCCAAUGAUCGCCCUAAGUGCAAAAAUCUUCAACGAACGAAUCAAAGUGAAAUUUUCUCGAAACCGAUGCGAAUUAGAUAACAAAAAACCAUAUUACACCAGCACCAUAACGACAAAAAGUGAUCACCAGCCAGACGAAAAUAGCCAAACUACCACCAAUAAUAGCGAUACCGAAACCACACCUUUAAAUAAUUGCAAUCCAGAAGAAAACAGCGAAGGUACCAAUUCCGAUAUCGAAAACAGACCUUUAAAUAGUAAUAAUCAAGCCGAAGAAGAUACCUCGAGCUCGUGCGAAUCCGAAGAAAUGCCACCCAGAGGUCUUUCACCGAAUUUCGACUCGUUCGCGAGCCCUUCACCUAGCCCGAGUACUACCGAAUCAGAGAGUAAAUAUUCAUCGAAAACAUCCUUCGAAUGCGAAUUCUGCACGAAAACCUACAGCAAGUGGAAAAGAUUCAACAAACACAAGAAACGCCAUUAUGCGAAAAAACAAUUCAGUUGUAAAACGUGCAAUAAAGUUUUAACCAGUCGGACCGCGUGGUCUUAUCAUGUGAAAUCGGUCCACGAACGUUGUAAAGAUUUCAAAUGCUCUUAUUGCGACAAAGGAUUCGUCACGAAGCAACAUCUACUCAUACAUAUCAAGAACCAUAAAUACGUUUGUCAUUUUUGCGCGAAAUCUUUCACAGCUAGGUUCAAAUUAAGAGCACAUAAGGAAUGCCAUAGAAUAUUCGAAUGCCAUAUUUGCGAUAAAAAAUUCUUUCGAAAUCAUCGAUUGCAACGACAUAUAGAAGUAAUGCAUCCGGGUGCCGAAAUUAAGCCCUUGAUUAAAGACGAAACUCCUCCUCCGCCGAUUAAAAAUGAGCCUGAAAUGAAAGGCGAAGAAAUCUUACCUAGUUGUCAGGAAGAAGAAGAAGAUGAAAAUACAAUGAGCUGUGGAGAAAACGAUGAUGAAGAUGCUGGUUCAGAUGAAACCGACCCACCGAUUCCGACCGCAGAAGAAUGCCAGUAUUGUCGGGAAAUAUUCGCUUCCAAAGACGAUCUCGAGCAUCACUGGAAACUUACUGGAGAAAAUUUAUUCAUUUGUGCUCGAUGUCUGCACCUUUCCGAAGGUGAUAUCGCAUUUAGUUUACAUCUACUGACACAUAAUGAAGAAAAGAUCUUUAUGUGUACUCUAUGUUCGAAAACUUUCGUCAAUAUGGAACUACUGGAGGACCAUUUUACUACACAUGCCGGAUUAAAUGUAUAAUUCUUGUCAUGUUCAUUUCCACCGAUAAGUUUGACUUUGGUUCCUAUACGAAGAGACGUUGUUCCUGUUUUUUUAAAAUUAUUUUUUUAAAAUUUUUCCGUAAUAUGUGUGUUUAAUUUUACCUACCUAUUAUUUCACGUGGUUGAAAACACGAGUAAUUAGAUUCGAGUUUAUUGUUUUUCGCGUGUGUUUUUAUGGUGCGCCUUAAUAGAGGUGAAAAAAAUUUUGGAGGUAUGAAAUAGAAGUACCUUUUUAUUGUUGUUACUUUCUUUGUUUUUUUUUUUACUUGUGUGUGUGUCUAAAGACUGUUUUAUUUUUGUUUUUUCGUGUUGUUUUCUUCGCGUAUAUUAUAAGAAUGAUUGUUUUUUUCUUCUUUUUUUUACAUUGUGUUAAGAGUGUUGUUUGUUUUUUUUCUUCCUUUUUUUUAUCUUAUGUUUAGAAAUUUUUGUAUUUUCUUCUUGUCUUUUCUUUCCAUCUUCGAUCUCAAUUCUAAAUUGAACCGAUUGUAUGAUGAAUAAAUUUUUUUUUUACGAA